UGCAGCCGCGUCUCGUCGACGAGAGGAGGAACCGAUCGGAGCACCUCGCCUCGCCGCCUAGGGUUUCGUCCGCAACCGCGCCGCGGGGAGAGAUGACGACGGCGGCGCGGCCGACCUGGGCGCCGGCCAAGGGCGGCAACGAGCAGGGGGGCACACGCAUCUUCGGGCCCUCGCAGAAGUACUCCUCCCGCGACCUCGCCGCCCACACCACCCUCAAGCCCAGAAAAGAGGGACAGCAUACCCAAGAAGAGCUACAGAAGAGGAAUCUCAGAGAUGAACUUGAGGAGCGUGAGCGGAAGCACUACUCGUCCAAGGAUAAGUCCUAUGCUGAAGAGAGAGAUAGGCGGAAAAGCUCAAGUCUGCUCCUAGAAGGUUCAAAGCGAGAGGCUGAGGAUAAGAUAGUUCCUAGAGAAAUUGAUGCAGAUGAUUCUGAUGUAGAACCCAGAAGUGAUGAUGAAAGUGAUGAGGAUGAUGAUGACGACGACACUGAAGCUCUAAUGGCAGAGCUUGAAAGAAUUAAGAAAGAAAGAGCUGAAGAAAAGCUUAGAAAGGAGCGCCAAGAAGCUGAAGAGGAAGCCAAGAUGAAGGAAGCUGAACUGAUGCGGGGGAACCCCCUGAUCAAUAUUAAUAACGCUGGAUCCUUCAAUGUUAAGAGAAGGUGGGACGAUGAUGUUGUAUUCAAGAACCAGGCUCGUGGAGAGACCAAGACACCGAAACGUUUCAUCAACGACACUAUCAGGAGUGAUUUCCACCGCAAGUUUCUGCAGAGGUACAUGAAGUGAUGCCGCCGCUGUAUACGCUAUGUUUUGGGCAUCACGGCCUAAGUCUGAGAUCGCUAUGUUUCUGUAAUUUGAGUGGAAGAUCUAUGUAUGACAUAACUGUAACAUCUGCUUAAUCUGGAUGAAACAUCUGUCGUUGAAAAUGAAAAAAAAAAAACUAUGCUUGUGUAUUGCUCGGUGGCUAA